GCGUUCAUGCAGCAAACCAGCACUGUGGCAAAACCCUAUACACUAUACAUUCCUGCCACGACUAUGCGUCAGCAGCAUGCUGACCACAACAGGAUACCGCACGAAUGACAGGCAUGUGAGGGAUGACAGGGAUGAUGACUGGGAUGACAUGGAUGAUGACAUGGAUGAUGACAUGGAUGACAGGGAUGAUGACAACGAUAACAGCGAUGAUGACAUCAAGAAUGACAAGGAUGACGGGGAUGACGAAAGGGAUAACAGGGAUGAUGACACGAAUGACAGGGAAGACAGGGAUGACAGGGAUAACAGUGAUUAUGACAACGAUAACAGGGAUGAUGAUGCCAAGAAUGACAGGGAUGACAGUGAUAACAGGGAUGUUGACAGAGAUGACGACAGGGAUGAUGACAGAAAUGACGACAGGGAUAACAGGGAUGAUGACAGGGAUGAUGACAGGGAUGAUGACAGGGAUGAUGACAGGGAUGACGACAGGGAUGAUGACAUUGCGACGAUGAUAGGGAUGAUGACAGGGAUGAUGACAAGGAUGAUGACAAGGAUGAUGACAGCGAUUACAGGGUGGUAAGCUGAACAAAUAAGCUUCAACGCA